UGGUUCCAACCCUUAACUAGCCACGCACACGCAGCAACCCAAUUGUCAUGGAGCAGCAGCCUCCGACCACCGCCGCCGCCACCGCCACCGCCACCGCCACCGCCACCGCCACGGCUCCCCGCCGCCGCUGCCGCCGCCGACUUCGGCGGAGAGCCUACCCCCACCGCAGACGCAGACGCAGACGCAGCCGCAGCCGCAGCCGCAGCCGCAGCCGCAGCCUUCCUCCAUUCGCUCCCACCUCCGGCGCCCGCGGCGACUUCCUCUGCUUCCGCCGAAUCAAUUCCCGCGUCCCAAAACCCUAAUCCAACCCCUAAACCCUCGAUUCCACCGGCUACGCCACUCCAACAGUCCACACCGGCGCCGUCUUCACAGCCGCAAGCCUCUCAGCCUCUUCCGAGCCCUGCACAGCCCAAGCCUCCCGUUUUAACAAGGCCUUGGCAGCAGCCUCCGUCCAGCCUGACGCAUUUCUCCUCCUCUUCUUCACCGGCAGCACCGGCAGCUGCAGGGCCUCCUCAGCGAGGAGGUAUUGCCAUCGGUGUGCCGGCGCACCACACGAGCCCUCCUCCGCAGGCGGCUCCGUUCUCGUCUCCGUUAGGGCAACAUUUUGGUGGCUUGGGUCGAGGUUCGGUUAAUGUGCCCGAUUCAAUCCCUAAUGCCAGCGCUUCUCAGGUGCGUCCAGCCACGCCCACGGGGAUGGGAUCAAUCGGUUCGGGCUCCCAGAUGAGGCCGGGCGGCAUUCACCAGCAGAGACCACUGCAGUCAUCUGUUAGACCUCCACCUUCCCCAGCUAAUCAGCCCCCACCUUCUUCUCAAAGUGCACAGGGACAUGGCCUAUUGAGAGGCUCAGCAGUUGGCUCUCCAAUUUCGCAUUCAUCAAGUACAUCACAAGGCAUGCAGUCACCCAAUCAACCAUGGUUGUCAUCUCCUUCUCAAGGAAAACCUCCUUUACCAUCCCCUUCUUAUAGACCACAGAUGAACCCCCAGUCCUUGCAGCAACGAACACUUAUGUCUCAGCAACACCAUCCACCCUUAUCUACGGCUUCACAGCAACAGUACACGACACCUGGCCCAUCCCAACCUGCACAAUCAAAUCAGUUGCAGGAGCAACAUGGCCAGCAAUUUCCAACAUCAAGGGCUCCCCAAUCUUUGCCACAUCAACAGAUUUCAAGAAUUCAAGGUUCAGGUGCACAAAAACCAUCCUCUCUUGCAACAAUGCAAGCACAACCUAUCACUGCACCCAUGAAUGGGAAAAUAGCUGGUUCGGGAAGUGACGAAUCUUGCAACAGGAUUCUUAGUAAAAGAAGCAUCCAUGAACUAGUAAACCAGAUUGAUCCAUCAGAGAAGUUGGAUCCUGAAGUGGAGGAUAUUCUUGUGGACAUUGCAGAAGAAUUUGUUGAGUCUAUCACUGCCUUUGGCUGCUCUUUAGCCAAGCAUCGCAAAUCUACCUCAUUGGAAGCUAAAGACAUACUACUACAUCUUGAAAGGAAUUGGAAUAUAGCACUCCCUGGUUUCAGCGCAGAUGAGGUCAAGAGCUACCGGAAACCGGUGACAAAUGAUAUACAUAAGGAGCGGCUUGCAGUGAUAAAGAGGUCAGCUGUAGUAAGUGAAGUGGUUAAUGCAAGGAAUGCUCCAGGGCAAGUGGCUAGUAGUGCCAAGGGCACUCUGGGGAAGGCAGCUGCUAACGUUUUGGGUUCCCCAAACUUGAAGAGCUAAAAGUACUCGAAGCUUGAUGAGGUGUUUACCAGCAAUGCUGGUAGCCUGGUGUUCAGACAUCUAUUUGGUUGAUUAGGUA